AUGGCAGAUGAAGACGAAGAUUAUUUCCUGCCCGUGCAAGACCAGCGCGCGUUCGGCGCCGGGAUCAAACGCAAACGAAUCGCCUUUGUCCCAGCGACCUCCCCCGAGUCCUCAAUUUCAAGCGGAACUGCGCCGCAAUCGACAUCCGCCGCCGCCGAAGCUCGCUACUUGUCCAUAGUCUUACGGAAGAGCGCCAAAGAGAAAGAGGAUCUUGGGGAUCAGAACAAAAGCGAACUUGAAGCGGAAGGGGAUGUGGCGCUAUCAGACCAGGUCAAACUUGGACCUGAAGGAGAACCGGACAAAGUUGAGCCAGUGAUGCAGACUUGCCCGGUUUGCAGGCAGUCUAUAUCGUCGCCCAAUGACAAGGUUGCAAUGGGCGCCCACGAGUCUUCUAUCGCACAUCAAGUUUGUCUCGAGCAUUCCCAUCCUCCCUCUCAUCUCGAUCGAGAGCACGUGGGUCUCCGGUAUUUGACAAGCUAUGGCUGGGACCCGGACAGUCGGACAGGCCUUGGUGCUAGACAGGAGGGAAUCAGAAUACCUGUCAAGCCCAAAGAGAAGAAGGACACGGCUGGGCUUCGAGAAACCGUGGAAGAUGAUGGCAAAGUCACAAAGCGCAAAGUCACAGCGAAGAAGGACGAGACGAUUGUCCGACUCAAUGCCAAACAAGUCAGGAUGAUGGACACGGAAGCUAAGAAAAAGGCCGAGAGACUACGAAGAUCAUUUUAUGGUCCAGACUUGGAGCAAUACCUCGGACCAAACAGCUGA